AUGGGCAAUAACUAAAUACAUUAGUUAGACAACAUCUAUGAUAUUUACAAAAAUCAUUAAAAUCACUGGUACCUCGGAGUAGAAAGAGAAGUGUAAAAAUUAGGAUAUCAUAUCAAUAUUAGAUCAGAUCGUUUUCAUAAAAACAACUUCCUUUCUCUCUACUAAACAGUUAAACCUUAGUAUGAAUAAAACAACACGGUGAGUACCAAUGAAUCUCUAUUCGCAACUGAACUAGAGAACAUCAGAAGAUCCAAAAACACUUUUCAUCCUUCUCAAGAAUUCUAAGUCACGACAUUGCUUUAAGAUUGUGACCCCUGCUUCUCGGAUUAUGAGAAACAAGUCAUUAAUUUACUAUCCACCCUCUCUGGCAGUUUGUUGGACAUCUUUUAGGCUUUUCGAAGAACCAAACUGCCCAAAACUAGUCAUGACUUAGAUACAUUAUUAAUUAAAUUUCGAGAUUCUUAUGUUUAAAUUUUAAUUCAUUAUUAUAAUCUUAAGCAAUAUGCUACGAUUAAUCAGUGUCAAUUUUUAAAUUUUAAAUCGCUUCAGUGUCUUGUCACUAACAUGAUAUUCGAUGAUGAGAUUUCCACUUAUGUUUACCAGAUCAAAAAAUAAGAAUAACUACAAUAAAAUCAAAAGAUUCAUUUCAAAUUAAUCCAAUCCCAAAAAAAAACCCUUUCAGAUUUCGGAAUUUCAAGUAAGUUUUGUUUAGAUUACACAACCAGAGAUUACAUUUAAAUCAAAAGAUCAACCAAGAUUAAUACAAAUACUUCGAUUAGCAAUAAGAUUACACAAAGUGCCUACCAGACUCUUAUCAUUGAGGAUGUUGAUAUUACGUAGUUACCCUCAAGACCCUAGACUCGAUUGCUUUCAGGUACCUUUUUUCACCAAUAAUCUCCUUUUGAAAAAGCAAUAGAAGCCUUAUAACUUAUAUAAUUUAGAUAAACACCUCAUCAUAAAAUCAAGUAGCUAGUAAUUUGUUUUCAAUGUAUAUAUUCUACCAUCAUGGAUUAUUAUUAAUAAUUUGCGUAACAACCAUCUAAUUUGAGUACUGAUGAAUUGAUAUCUGUGUUUAAUUAUGUGCUAUGCAAGUCAAAGCUUUAAAACCCAUAUACUCACUUUGAUAUCAUGCAGAAAUACAUAGGAAAUUUGGAUGGUGUAGAAGGCAUUUAUCUAACCAUUAUGGAGGCAACCUUUUAUAUUGAUUGA